AUGGCUUCUAAAACUGCUGCUAACGGUUCGAAGAAGAAACCAUCGGCUGGUCCAUCUUCUGAUGGUGUUGUGAAGUCUAAGUUUAAGCUUCCUAGUGCAUAUGUAGCCAGACCUCUACCUGCAAAGUUGAACAAUUAUAAAGAUGCUUCUACAGUUAUAAUACAUCCUGAUGUGAUGAAAGAGCUUGGGAUUAAUCCUGGAUCCAUGUGCAUUUUAUCGAAGUUAGGCUCCAGUGGUGUUGUCGUACUUGCUAAGCCAGGAGAUGAGUUAUCACAUCCGAUUAACGUUGUAAUGCUUUCAUCUACCAUGAGAUCCGUGGGUAAUAUUCUCUUUGGUGACCGUUUGGAGAUCAAUAAGGUUCAAGAUCAACCACCAUAUGCUACCAAGGUUACUGUAGGGUGUGUGCAAGGUAUAGAGAUUGAUGAUAAUGAGAUUCGCAAGGCGGUUGAACGCAUUUUGAAUGAUUGUGGGAUAAUCAUGCCAGGUGUCGUUUUUAAUGUCGAUCAUUGGAAUAUGGUUGUUGUAGAUGUACAGGAUAUGACCCUACCAGAUGUUUCGAAGUGUGAUUUGAACCAAGAUUCAACGACAACUGUGGAGGAUAGUUCUCCUUAUCUAUCACCACCCGUCAUAUUUCGUAGAGGAUCAACAAAGGUUGAGUUUACUAAGGCGUCUAAGCCUAGCUCGAGAUUUAAUCUUUCACACUCUAUUGGUUAUGACUCAGUUGGUGGUCUGGCUAAAGAGAUUGAAGUUCUGAAAAAUGCUAUUCAUUUGCCGCUCCACAAACCUAAGUUAUUCAGUGAAUUUGGAGUUGCUCCUCCAAGGGGUAUCCUGCUGCAUGGUCCACCCGGUACCGGUAAGACUAUGCUUUUAAGAUGUGUAGCCAACACUACAGAUGCGCAUAUUUUGACUAUCAAUGGUCCCUCGAUCGUUUCCAAAUAUUUGGGUGAGACUGAAGCCACUUUGAGAGAAAUAUUUGAUGAAGCUAAGUUGUAUCAGCCAUCAAUCAUUUUCAUUGAUGAAAUAGAUUCAAUUGCCCCCAAUCGUGCAAGUGAUGACUCAGGUGAAGUUGAAAGCAGAGUGGUAGCUACGCUAUUGACCCUGAUGGAUGGGAUGGGAGCCGCCGGUAGAUUAGUUGUUGUGGCGGCAACAAAUAGACCCAAUAACAUUGAUCCUGCAUUGAGAAGACCCGGUCGUUUUGAUCAAGAAGUGGAAAUUGCCAUUCCUGAUGUCGAAGAACGAAUUGACAUUUUAAUGAAACAAUUUGAAAGGAUGUCAUCGGAGAAGCAUAGCCUUUCGGCGGAAGAUAUUAAAGAGGUUGCUGCAAAGACACAUGGGUAUGUGGGUGCUGAUCUUACUGCUCUUUGCAGAGAAUCUGUCAUGAAGACAAUCCAGAGAGUCUUAGGCGAUGAUGAUAAGAUCGAUGAAUCUCUGCUUAAGGUGUCAAGGGAGGAUUUGGAUAAUGCCAUGCUAGAGAUAAGACCGAGUGCUAUGAGGGAAAUCUUUUUGGAAAUGCCCAAAGUUUAUUGGACUGAUAUUGGCGGACAAGAUGUUCUAAAGCGCAAGAUGAAAGAGAUGAUUCAACUGCCAUUAGAGGCAUCGGAGACAUUUGCUCGUCUUGGAGUUUCAGCUCCUAAAGGUGUUCUACUUUAUGGUCCUCCUGGUUGUUCCAAAACUUUGACCGCCAAAGCAUUGGCGACAGAAUCAGGUGUCAAUUUCCUAGCAGUAAAAGGUCCUGAAAUCUUCAGCAAAUACGUCGGUGAAUCCGAAAGGGCUAUAAGAGAAAUUUUUCACAAGGCUCGUUCUGCUGCACCUAGUAUAAUUUUCUUCGAUGAGAUUGAUGCCAUUUCUUCCAGCCGUGAUGAUGGGGGUUCAUCCACAACUGCAGCUAGUAACGUCUUAACUUCUCUACUGAACGAAAUUGAUGGUGUAGAGGAACUGAAAGGUGUAGUAAUUGUUGCAGCUACUAAUAGACCGGAUGAAAUUGAUUCCGCCCUGUUGAGACCUGGGAGAUUAGAUAGGCACAUCUAUGUGGGGCCGCCAGAUUAUUCUGCGAGAUUGCAAAUUUUAAAAAAAUGCACCAGUAAAUUCAGUAUUGACUCGCAGCCAGAUUACAAUUUGGAAAAACUUGCAGAACAUACGGAUGGUUGCUCCGGUGCAGAAAUAGUACUGUUAUGUCAAGAAGCAGGGCUGGCUGCCAUUAUGGAAGAUGUGGAAGCCAACAAAGUAGAAUCUCGUCACUUCGAGAAGGCUCUUUCUGGUAUAUCUAGAAUAAUAACUCCUGAAAUGCUAGCUUACUACGAGGAUUUUGCUUCCAGAAGUGGUAUCGCAGUAUAG